AUGGAAGCAAGCGACCUGCUGCUCACCACCCUCCGCCGGAUCGCACUCCACCCCGCCAGCAGCCUGCCCAGCCUGCGCAACACCAAAGACAUCCCCCAUGACAUCCCCCAGCCAGCCAGAGCCCUGCCCCUGCUCAUCGCCCUCAUCGACCGCCUCAUCCGCGCGGCCCGGGGCCACGCCGGGCGCGAAGCCGAAGAUGAAGAAGACCUCUCGACCUACCGCUGCGACACCUGCCAGCGGGUCUUCACCCCCCCGGACCCAGAGAGUUUCUCCAAGGCCUCCACGCCCGCCUUCGAGCGCCCCACCUACUCGCGCGCAUCCUCCAUCUCCCACCUCUUCUUCAUCGACCCCCCACCCCUGUCCAUCUCCAGCUCGGCCGCCGACGAGUCCGAGCAGAUCCGCAGACUCAAGGCGUCCAUCAAGGCCAUCGCCAAAGUCUGCCGUGCUUUGAGGAACGGCGACCUGACCCAGAUGAUCAACGAAGACGUCGCCACGCCCGACCUCGAGAGCCUCAAGGGCGACGUCAACUCGCUCGUCCGGCGGCUGCGCAAGUUCACCUCCCAGGUCUUCAAGGUCUGCUCGGACGUCGGCCAGAAAGGGCUGCUGGGCAAGCAGGCCGACCUCGAGGAGUCCGCGGGCAUCUGGCGCAAGAUGCUUGUCGACGUCAACAGCUUGGCCAGCAACCUCAGCGCACAGGUCCGCGACAUCUCCGAGGUCACCACCGCGGUCGCGAAGGGCGACUUCUCGCGCAAGAUCGAGGUCCAGGCGGAGGGCGAGAUCCUGCAAGCCAAGAACACGGUCAACAAGAUGGUCGACCAGCUGAACUCGUUCGCCACCGAGGUCGCCCGGAUCGCCCAAAUGGUCGGAACGGACGGGAUCCUGGACCAGCAGAUCACCGUCGACGGGGUCGAGGGCGUCUGGAAGGACUUGACGGACAGCGUCAACUCGAUGGCCAGCAACUUGACCUCCCAAGUCCGCAGCAUCUCGGCCGUCACCUCAGCCAUUGCGAAGGGCGACUUGAGCCAACAGAUCGAGGCGGACUUGAAGAAAACGGUGAACUCGAUGGUCGACACGCUCAAGGUGAUCCUGGAGGAGGUCGGACGGGUGGCGCGCGAAGUCGGCGUCGAAGGCAAGCUUGGCGGCCAGGCGAACAUCCCGAACGUCGAAGGGGCGUGGUACGACCUGUCGCACAGCGUCAAUCAUGGCCAACAACUUGACCUCCCAGUCCGACAAAUCGCCUCGGUGACGCGGGCCGUGGCCGAGGGCGACCUAUCCCAGGAAGUGACGGUGCAGGCGCGGGGCGAAGUGGCCGCGCUUGCGAGCACGGUCAACGGCAUGGUGGCGUUUCUGCGAGUCUUUGCUGCCGAAGUCACCCGCGUCGCCCUGCUUACGGGCACCGAGGGCGUCUUGGGCGGCAAGGCCGAGGUCGCGAAUGUCUCCGGCGAGUGGAAGACGCUGGUUGAUCGGGUGAACACCAUGGCCAAGAACCUGACCGACCAGGUCCGCGAGAUCGCCCGGGUGACGACGGCCGUUGCCGACGGCGACCUGACCAGUUACGUGACGGUCGAUGCGCGCGGCGAGGUCGGCCAGCUCCGGGACACGGUCAACGCCAUGGUCCGCUUCUUGCAGGACUUCAACUCCGAAGUCACCCGCGUCGCGCUCGAGGUCGGUACCGCCGGCAAACUCGGCGGGUCCGCGAACGUCAAACACGCCCGUGGCGAGUGGCACAACCUCGUCACCGGGCUCAACCGCAUGGUCGACCGGGUGACGGGGCAAGUGCGCGCUAUUAGCAGGUCCACCGCUGCGGUGGCGAAGGGCGACUUGAGUCAGAGAGUCGAGAUCGACGCCGAGGGCGAAAUCCUGCAGCUCGCCGAGACGAUCAAUGCCAUGUUGGGAAGGUUGAAUAUGUUUAGCACCGAGGUCGUCCGCAUUGCCCGCGAGAUCGCCGACGGGAAUCUUAACGUCAGGGCGGAGGUAGAGGCCGUCGAGGGCGUGUUUCUUCAUAUCAUCAGCGAGGUGAACAAGAUGUCCGGCACAUUGAGUUCGCAAGUGGGAACCUUCCAAGCCAUCACGGACGCGGCGGCGGCGGGAGAUUUCAGCAAGAUGGCCAACAUCGCCGCUAAGGGCGACAUCCGCGCCCUCCAGAGCAACAUCAAUACCAUGGUCACCAAGCUCCGGACGGCCUUCGAGAGCAAUGUCAAGGCUAAGGAGGCCGCCGAGGCCCAUUCGUUGGCCAAGAGUCAAUUCCUGGCCAAUACGAGUCAUGAGAUCCGGACCCCUUUGAACGCGAUCAUCGGCCUCACCUUCGAUACCCUGGGAAGCAACCUUACCCGCGAGCAGCGCGAGAACUUGAACUUGGUCCGUGGACAGGCCGACGCGCUCCUCCGGAUCAUCAACGAUAUCUUGGACAUCACCAAGAUCGAGGCGGGCCGGAUGGCGCUCGAACGGUGCUCCUUCUCCCUCCGCGAAGUCGUCUUCGAGGCCCUCACAAGCCUCGCCUUCGGCGCCGCCGCUAAAAACCUCGACGUCUUCCUCGAGAUCCAUCCCGCCGUGCCCGACCUCGUCGUAGGCGACGGCUCCCGGCUCGGACAAGUCGUCAAGAACUUGGUCGGAAAUAGCCAGAAGUUCACCACCUCCGGCUCGAUCACUCUGACGGCUCAUCUGAUGGACACCGACCCCGAAGGCCGGUGGAGAGUCGAGUUCCAUGUCAUCGAUACCGGCAUCGGGAUCGAGGAAGAUAAGCUCCAGCGCAUCUUCGAUUCGUUCAUGCAGGCCGACGGAUCCGUCACUAGGAAAUACGGCGGGACUGGUCUCGGGCUGACGAUCUCGCGGAACUUGGUCCAAAUGAUGGGUGGACAUUUGGAUGUGGAGUCGGAAGUGGGCAAGGGUUCAGAUUUCGGCUUUGACGUGAUUCUAGGGCCGGCGGAUCCGGAAGUGGAGCUUCGGAAGCAGAUCGAGAAGAUCGACACGGACCAAUGUGUGUUGCUGAUCGACGACAAAGAGCUGGAUGAUGUUGAGGCGUCGUGUUUGAAGUUCGGGCUGUCGGUGCACCGGGUGCCGUCGAUCGAAGAGGUGCCGUCGGGCGACCUGUUCGACUGCGCCAUCAUCUCGACGAUCGAGGAGGCCGACAAGCUGCGCUCCAACCGCUUCCUCCCCCUCGUCCUCCGCGCCGCUACCCUCCCCAAACUCGACAUGCGCAGAGCACUCGACUUCUCCCUCGCCUCCGUCAUCGAAACCGGCAAGGGCGAGGCCGAGCUCUGUAACGCCCUCCACAUCGCCCUCAAGAAAAGCAUGCGCAAGCUGGGCAACCAUGAUGUCAAGGCCGACUGGAAGAUCCUCUUGGCCGAAGAUAAUAAAAUCAACCAGAUCGUCGCUCGCAGGUUGCUCGCUAGCUCGGGACUCAAGUGUCUCGAAGUGGUCGAGAACGGGCAAGAAGCGUUCGAGGCGGUGAAAGCGAACCAAUACGACAUCGUCCUCAUGGACGUGUCGAUGCCGGUCAAAGACGGCCGGGAAGCGACGCAGGACAUCCGGAUGUGGGAGCAAACCCACUCGGUCACCCCGGUGCCCAUCAUCGGCGUCACCGCCCAUGCGCUCGUCGGCGACCGCGAGAAAUGCAUGACCGCCGGCAUGUCCGGCGUCUGCACCAAGCCGUUGUUGGCCCCGGAGCUCCUGGCAGCAAUGAGCAAGGCCAUCUCGCUCCACCGCCAGUUCGCGCGCCUCGAGACGAGCAAAUACGCCGGUUGA